UGUGCGGUUUAGGGCAAUUAAUCGCUGUGUUCAACACCUUUGUGGGUGACCAUAAGGGUGUUAACUGAUACUGAAAUUGAAUAUAGAAAAUAGAUAUAUGUCGCAGCGUGGCAGCAAAGGCAGAGACGCUCUGCUGCUGAGUGAGGUCCGAUCGUAGAUAUCAAGAGUGUUGAGUAAGCCAGAGAGGACUAUGUUCUGAGGACUCGAGUAACUAUGCGACUUGAGAGCGCAUACGAUCCAAGAGGGUGAAUGAAAUAGUCCGUUGAGCUUGAAUGAUUAGAGAAACUCUCUCAGAGAAAAUCACCACGGUCUCCGAUAGAUAUAUUAAUAAAAUUUGAAAAAUCGUAACUCGACGGAUUACCAGAGUUGGUAUAAUAAACUUGCUGAGCUUGCGUACUGAUAGUAUUAUUUAUAUUAAUUAUGCUCUUUACAUUUAUUUGUUUUUAAAUUCAUUUAUGUUUCUCGAAUUGUCAGUCUCAUGACGUCACCGUAUCUGAGUCGGCUCCGUUGGGUAACCAAAUUGCCUGUUAUCAUUGUGAUUGAUUAAUGGUGCGUUCGUGGGUCUCAGCUAAUUAGCUGUUAAUGUGAAUUUGAGUCGCGCGCCUCAGUCAUGAAAUGUUCGCCGGUCAGUUUGUCACAUUUGUGGCUCGCUUGCACGGCUUUUUUCCUGCUGCCCGAUAAGCCGACCUCAGUGGAAUCCCAUCAUAUUUUGGGUCUUUUUGUCAAUGUGCAUCGGUCCCAGUUAAUGGUCCAUUUGGCAGUAUGUCGAGCUCUGUUGCAGAGGGGUCACCACUUAACUUUGGUCACCACAUUGCCGCUGGAGGAGCACGAGAUUGGGGGGAAUGUGACACACAUAUUAAUUCCCUGGCAGCAGCCAGAAGAAGAGGACCAUAGGGGCUCUUCGGACAUGAUUUUGCGCCUGGAACGGAUGUUUAGCCGACUGGGACACUCUGGAGAUUUGCUAGAUCAGCCGAACUGGAAGAGGUUCCUGAACACUGUACCCAAUAACCCUUAUGAUCUCCUACUUUUGGGGUAUCAUUUCAACGAUCAUCUGCUGGGAGUGGCUGCACAUUUUAACUGUCCUGUGGCCAUCGUUUCCACCCAACAGCCAACUGGAUUUGUUAACAGUCUCAUGGGCAAUCCCGAGGAGCGAUGGUAUGUCCCACAACCGUAUGACAGUCACCAGAGGAGUGGAAUCUCAGCCUGGAUAUUUGGAAUUUGGGAGAAGCUUAUGGAAGUGAUAGCGAGGAGAGUGCUGGCAAGAAUCUACAGUACGCACUUUCCCGAGCCUCGUUACCCCAGCUUUGAAACCAUGCGCCGAUCAGUGAUCCUGGCUUUGAAUAAUCAUCACAUGAUCAGCGAGGGACCUAUUGCUCCUCUGAUGCCCAACAUGGUGGAUAUAGGAGGGAUAGUCUUGGAGCAAAAAUCAAGUGACGUCCGUCUGGAAACAUCUGCUAGUAACCGAUCUCACAUCAUCUUUAGUCUAGGAACUCGUUUCACUUGGCGGAAAUCUUCUCAGGAAUUAUUGCAAACUUUUACAAGAGCUUUUGCUAAAUUUCCGGACUACGACAUUUACUGGACUUACGAUGGACCAAAUCGCAGUGCCAUCAGCAAAGAUUAUCCCCAUUUGAAAGUCGCCAAGUGGUGGCCGCAAUGUCAGUUGUUGGCGAGUGGGAAAGCACGACUGCUAAUCACUCACGGAGGAAAAGGAAGUAUCUCAGAAGCUCUUUAUUACGGAGUGCCCUUGCUGGGAUUACCUUUGAUUGGCGAUCAACGCGCAAAUCUUCAGAAGAUGAAGUCUAAAAGCUGGGGCUUGACCUUAUCUACUCUCAACCUCACCCACAUAGAACUAACACAUGCAAUUCAUAGAAUACUUAGCCAUCCAAGUUAUGCUGAAGCUAUAUCCAAAGCCUCGUUAAUCUAUCGAGACCGUCCGAUGAAGUCCAGCGAUUUGGCCAGCUACUGGAUUGAGUACAUCAUUCGUCAUAAAGGAGCUAGAAAUCUGUACAAUCCCGCUAGGCACCUGAAUGUUAUCGAAACUUACUCCAUCGAUAUUUAUUGCAUCACAUAUGGCUUACUGAUCUUAGUGAUAAUCAUGCUCAGAAAAAUAAAUCGAUUGUUGUGA